AUAAAUACAGAAGGGUAUGAUCACUAGGAUUAUGUUUUGGGCUUCCAUUUUUCCAGUGCACUGAAGUAACAUUUGCUGCUAGUCACGGUUUUUCUCCUGCUUGUGCCCUCUAGUAGCCUACCUGUGUUUGCAUGAAGGUUGCAAGAUGCUGGUGUUAAACUGUUCUACAAAGCUGCAAAUACUGGAACACAAAUUACUCAAUAAUUUUCCUGAAUCACUCAAGGUUUAUGGAGCAGUGUUACAUAUAAACAGAGGGAACCCCUUCAAGAAGGAAGUGGUGGUGGAUUCAUGGCCAGAAUUUAAAGCUGUUAUUACCCGCCGGCAGAGAACGGCUGAAAGUGAUGACCUGGACCAUUUUACCAAUGCCUACGCUGUAUUCUACAAGGACCAGCAAGCAUACCAAGCAUUGCUGGAGAACCCAGAAACCAUAAACUGGGAACAAGUCUUCCAAAUACAGGGACUGCAGGAUGGAUUAUACGAAGCUUCCCAAGCUGUAGUUCGUUCCAAGCUUGUGGAUGUAAAGCAGUCUUGUUUCCAAAUGGUUAUCCAUCCAGAUCCAGAUACGCUUCCUGAGGUUAAACUCCCGUAAGUUUAGUCAUAUCAAUACUAUUUUCCACAG